AUGCCCGUCAUCAUCCCACGAGACAAUGCCGGCUACGCCCUUCCAUUUCUUGUCAUUGUUCUCAUCGUCAUCGGCGGCGCCCUCUGCCUCGUCAUCUGCGGCUACGCCAUCCACCGCACAUUCGGUCUCAACACAGACGCCAACGGGUUCAAGCCUGUUUCGGUAGCGCAGGCAGAAUACAUGGCAGGAGUGCGAUACAGGAACAUGGAAUCGCUCGCGUAUGAGGGAAGGAGCAGCCAGCGGGCCAGCAACGGAAAGGGCCCGGCGUCGUAG